GAUAGCUGCAUGAAAAAAAGUUGGGAAGUGAUUACCUACUUUUAUUUUGAGAGAUAUUGAUUAAAAAUGUUUUCCGCCCUUAAAAAAUUAACACGAAGCAAUGAUGACCGCUGCCCAGCACCAAUGCCUAUGUCGUCGUCUUUGCAAAAGAAAUUUUCUCGGGGUGUUCACUAUAACAUGAAAAUUCUGAUAAAAGGCGAUCGCAAUGUUGGUAAAUCUUGUCUGCUACAACGCCUACAAGGCGGCCCCUUUAAAGAAGAGUAUACGCCGACAGAGCAAAUUCAAGUUGCUCCAAUACAUUGGACAUACAAGAAUACAGAUUUUAUAGUUAAGGUAGAGGUUUGGGAAGUAGUAGAUAAAGGCCGUACAAAGAAGAAAAUGCCAUUAGGUUUGAAGUUAGAGAAUCAGACAGCACCAACAUUGCCAGAGGAAGGCUAUGAAACACCAGUGUUGGAUGCAACAUUCCUAGAUGUGUAUAAAAAUGCUACAGGUGUUAUAUUAAUGCUAGAUAUCACUAAACCAUGGACAUUUGAUUAUGUAGUCAAGGAGCUGGGUCAAAUUCCAGCUGAUUUGCCGGUAAUAAUUCUUGGUAAUCAUUGUGACAUGCAGCAUCAUCGGCAAGUCCAUCCCCACCACAUUGAUCAAGCUAUGUAUAAUGCUAAAAUGACCAGGACCGCCCCAAUCCGGUAUGCAGAGUCAUCCAUGAGGAAUGGCUUUGGCUUGAGAUUCUUGCACAAGUUCCUGAGUGUUCCAUUUCUAAGGCUGCAGAAAACGAGUUUAUUGGAACAGUUGCAAAGGAAUCAAAAGGAUACAGAGGAGACUGAAAAAGAGCUUGAUGAUUUUCUGAAAUCAGAUGAAGCUCAUUACAAUACAUUUGUUGACCGUUUGGCAAACAAGAGGCGUCUUAGCACUGAGACUGAGCCGAGAGUGAACAACGACCGAUCGCCGAGCAUUGUACUGGGCGCCGGCAAGCCGAUAGUUCCUCCUGGUGUUAAUCCACUUUUGGCACAAUCUUUGAAUCCUACGUUAGUAAGAUCUUCAAGUAUACCAGAGGAGAAACCAGUGAAACAAACUUCCUAUGUGAGCCAAGAGCUAAUUAAUCCAAAGGGUAUUCCAACCGUUAGUAUGGAGACAACACCAUCCAGAAUCCCUCAAGAAAGUGGUCCAAGCACGCCGUCUGUAACAAAUGUAUCAGUAUCGAAUUCUUCCGGCGCUUUGGACGAGUUUUAUGCCGGGACUCUUGACAGCAGCUUCCUUGAAGACUUGCAGCCGAUUAAUAAUGUAAAUCAAGACGAUAAUUACGAAAGUGAAAGCGACGACGAAAAUACCAUUAAUCCCAGAGUUACUAUAGAUCAAGAUGACUUCGAUGUUGACAGCAGUCCGCCCAUUAAACCCAUACAGACUAAAACAAGCACAGACUAUACAAUUAACUCUAGAAUUAGUAAAAAUGAUAGUUUAACUAAUAUGUUCAAUCAAGCAACUAUAAGCAAAAAUACGGAUGACAAUGAUAAUAUAGGAAUCAUAAGCCAAGAACAGGACGAGUGUUUGAGCAAUGAAUAUCCACUUUGGGCUGGAGAUUCCAGUGCUAGGAGAUCACCAGAAGGAGGCGAAGACCCAGAUGUGGCAAAGGAGCCGGAUCAGAAGGAGAAAAAGCACAAAAAGAAGAAGUCAAAGGACAAAGAAAAGGGGGACUACAGUGACCGGUCCGAGCGCAAAGAGAAGAAACAUAAACGCAAGAAGUCCAAAAGUGACAAACCCACCAACCCCCAACAAGACCUCCUGGCCCCUACCGUCACUGGGGACUUUAACUACGAGGAAUAUGAUAGCAUUUAACAUUCGCAUUAUUUUUAUGGAUUUUCUAUAAAAUGCCAACACCAUUAUCACCAGUUUUCAUUAGACUAUAUUCGUUUUAUAUUUCGAUUUAGUUGACGACAUUUAAAUACAGGGUUUUUUUUAAUUAUGGAAUCAAUUACGAAACUUCAUGACUGAAAUUGAAAUUAUCAAAAAUUCAUAAAUUAUAUACUGAUCAUGAUUUACGAUCUCAAAUGACUACUAUGGGGUUCGAAUUUUUAAUCAAUUAAAAUCGAUAAAUUUUUUUAUGUUAUGCUUUUCGCAUUAAAUCGAAAUGCGUAAUAAAUGCUGUCGUGUCAACUUUAUUGUGGUUUUCAUAAUAACAAGCUAUUUCGAAUCUCAUUGCCGAAAUAAUUAAAAUCGAAUUAAAAAAUCGAUAAUGAGAUAAUUGACUCGAAAUAUUUCUUUUUUACAGCGAAUAUAAAAUAUAAUUACUAAAUAUAUUUUUACAUUCCAUGUUGAGAUAGCAUAUUUAUAAUUCAUGUUUUAAUCGAUGUCGUAUUCUAGUCAAAUUCGUGUAAUAUCAUAUAGGUGCCUAAAACUUCAAUGCUAUAAUAGGCCUGAAUGUUAAAAUUAUGGAUUUUUUUUUAAUGAAGUGGAACUUCUUUAUCGGGGUUGGAAAAAAAUUUAGUAUAACAUUUUUUCGUAACGCGUGACAUUUU